UUGUGGGUAAGGGACAAGAUGGCGGCACCCAUACUAAAGUGGAAGCGUGUAACAGAUACGACAGGUCCCUGUCCAAGACCACGACAUGGACAUCGAGCUGUGGCUAUUAAAGACCUUAUGGUAGUGUUUGGCGGAGGGAACGAAGGGAUUGUGGAUGAGUUGCACGUUUACAACACAGCUACCAAUCAGUGGUUUGUCCCAGCAGUUCGGGGUGAUAUUCCACCAGGAUGUGCAGCAUAUGGCUUUGUCUGUGAUGGUACCCGCCUGUUUAUCUUUGGCGGCAUGGUUGAGUAUGGGAAAUAUUCCAACGAGCUGUAUGAACUUCAGGCUAGUCGUUGGGAAUGGCGGCGGUUGAAACCCAAGCCUCCCAAAAAUGCACCACUGCCAUGCCCACGACUGGGCCACACUUUCACCUUGCAUGGUAGCAAAGCUUACCUCUUUGGUGGAUUGGCCAAUGAUAGUGAUGAUCCAAAGAACAAUAUACCCAGAUACCUGAAUGACCUGUACUCCUUGGAACUGCGUUCUGGCUACAGCAACAUGGUCUGGGAGGUGCCAAUUACUUAUGGGGCAGCACCCCCACCCCGCGAAUCACACACUUGCGUCUCUUAUACUGACAGAAAGGGUCAUGCUGGACGACUCAUUAUUUAUGGCGGUAUGAGUGGCUGUAGGUUAGGUGACCUCUGGCAACUCAGUCUUGAAAAUAUGACCUGGAUUAAACCAGAACUGAACGGCCAAUGCCCUCUCCCACGGAGUCUGCACUCUGCAACUGUGAUUGGCCAUAAAAUGUAUGUAUUUGGAGGCUGGGUACCUCUUGUGAUGGAUGACGUCAAAGUGGCUACACAUGAAAAAGAGUGGAAGUGCACUAGUACACUGGCUUCUCUUAAUCUAGAGACUAUGACAUGGGAGCCAUUGGCGAUGGAGGUGUUUGAGGAUAAUGUUCCAAGGGCAAGAGCUGGCCACUGCUCUGUAGCAAUUCACUCUAGGCUUUAUGUGUGGAGUGGUAGGGAUGGAUAUCGCAAAGCUUGGAAUAAUCAGGUGUGUUGCAAAGACUUGUGGUUCUUGGAGACAGAGAAGCCACCUGCCCCUUCCAGAGUCCAACUAGUGCGAGCAAGCACUAACACUCUGGAAGUGUCUUGGGGAUCAGUUCCCAUUGCGGACGCCUACUUGCUGCAGUUACAGAAGUAUGAUAUGCCCCCAACGCCAUCAUCCCCUAUGACUGGUACGACUACCUCACCCCUACGUGCAGCUAUCACAGGGGCUCAGCCGCAGACACAAGGACGCUUGACUCCUAAGAGCCCAUUGGUUGUCAACACUAGUGGCAGCCCGGUCACUCUCAAGCUAGCCGUGCCGGGAACUACAACAUCUAAACUUAUUACAACCCAGCCCACAAGUGCUGGAUCAGCACUGAGUGGAAUUGUGGCACUAGCUGAAGCAGCCUCCGCUACGCAGAAGAUGCAGCAGCAACAACGCAUGUCACUCAGUGUCACCAGGGGGACCCCCACCACCCCAACCAAGUCCAUUUUCUCCCCAUUGUCAGGCUCUGGCCUGACCAUUGUCUCUCGAGCCCUUACUACCACCUCUGGGGGCGUGGCCACUAUCACCCUUCCCCAAGGGAUGAAGUUGGCUACUACAGGAGCCCUUGGUCAAGGGUUGAAGGUGGCACCUGGCACCAACAUCCUGAAGACACUGACGGCAUCUGGUAAGCCCAUCAUAACCGUGCAGAAGUCUGGAGCAGCAACCCAGAGCGUGGUAUCUGCAGUAGUGACUGGCAACUCCAAGACCGUGACUCUUGUCAAAAACACACAAAUUCCUAAAGCUACCGUAAUCCAAACCAAGCCAGUUCAAACAGUUGCCACGUCAGGAGCUGUCCUGGUCAACACAGCUGGCCAACCCAUCUCUAAGUCUGCCAUUCCUGGUAGCACCAUUGUCAAGCUGAUCACAACCAGCCAGGCAGUAGGUAAACCCACAACUAUCAUCAGUCCCAGUACCCAGGUUGGUGCUGGUGGAGCUAGUGCAGCAGGCAAGGCACAACCCACCAUCCUAGGUAUCAGCAGCAUCACACAGCAAGGCAAGAGUAUCAUCAAGACUAUUCCCAUCGCUGGCGUUUCCAAAGUGGGUGGAACGGGUACCAUGACAGGCAAGCAGCCUACCAUCGUCACAGUGACCAGCAAAGUGCUGGCUGGAAGUACGGGCACCCCAACCAAGUUCAUUACAACUGGGGGAGCCAAACCCAAGAUCAUGCUGACAAAUCAGGCUGGUCAGGUUAUCUCCGGAAUCAAAACCUCCAUCCCUGGAGGAACACCCUCCUCUCCAAUUACCAUCAUUCGGGCUGUCAACCCUCAAACUGGUCAGAUCACUACUCAGAGUGGUAACACUAUCCAGAUUAUUACCAAGUCCAACCUACGACCCAGUGGUAGUAGCACAGCUGGCCAACUAGGAACCACAACCACCACAGUGCUCAAGACUCCAGCUGUAAGUGGCAGUUCUACUGGGGUAGGUGUGGCAGCUAACCCAGGUGUUACCACCAAGUACAUCACCAUUCCAGUCUCAGCUGCAGGGAAUCUAUUGAACCUGGCUUCAGGCACUGCUGUGUCCCAGAUAGUAGCAAACACAGCCAAGAUAUCAGCAGUCUCAACAGCAGCAGCAACAGUGGUUCCUGUCCAAGCCCCUGCUCCUACAACCCUAGUGGCUACUACUAUGAGCAAACCAGUGCUAAGCACUAUGCCAUCUGGAUCAGGUGACCCCAUAACAGCAGCCACCUCAGCAACUAUAGUCACAGCAACCACCACAGCCCCAUCCUCAUCUGGUGAUGCAACACCAGAAGGAGGAGGAGGGGAAGCUGCGGCUGUUAAUCCCAAUCUUCAAGUAGACCUUCAGCUUCAUGACAUCCCUGUCAAUCCAAAUUGCGAAAACCCUCCCUGUGAGAAGUUUGAAACCCCAGCUGUUAAUACACCUGCUACUGAAUCUACAGCCAGUGGCACUGGAGAGACAACAGAAACCACCUCAUCUGUGACAGGGCCCAUUUCAUCCACAGGAACUGCUGAAGCACCAUCGAGCAGCACUGCAGGUGGAGAUGAAGGGACUGUAGCACCGGGGGAGAGUUCUAAACUUGGUGAAGCUGAGGCACAGCCUGCUGAGGAGGCAGAGUCAAAAACUGCUGAUGAAUCAACCAAACUUGACACUGAAGCAAAAGAGGAAACCCCAAUGGAGACAGAACCAACCUCCUCAGUCGAUACAGAGAAACUGUCAACGGAGGGAGAAGCAGUAGAUGCUGCAACAGCCAAAGAAUCUGAGGCCACACCCACAGAGACUGAACCAUCAGAGGAAGCUAAACCUGUUGCUAUGGAAACAGGUGAAGCAGAAGGUGAGGCUGCGGUGACAAACGGUGAACCAACUAUCAAGGGAGACUUACAAGAUGACAAGACCAAAACAGAUGUAGAUGCCAACUCCAUUGCCAUGACAAUAGCUUCCCUGGCGACCUCUGGCAUUCAACCUUCAUCUACCUCUAGCAAGCCUGAUGCAGUUCCUAAUGGCCUGGACACACAAGAACAAAAGAUUAAAACAGCAGCUGCAGUUAAACCAGUGCAGAAGAAAGACAUGAACCAGUGGUAUGAUGUAGGAAUCAUCAAGGCAACCCACAGUAUUGUAUCCUACUAUUACUUACCAUCUGAGGCUGGUCAGAGGACUGAAGAUGACAUUGAUGUUGUCAGCAUACCAGAUCAUAGCAUCUUAAAGAAGCAAGAUCUCCAGGCAGGCACAGCUUACAAGUUCCGUGUGGCUGGUAUCAAUGCCUGUGGUAGGGGACCGUGGAGUGAGAUCUCUGCAUUCAAAACAUGCUUGCCAGGCUUCCCUGGUGCCCCAUCCGCUAUUAGGAUCAGCAAGAGUGCUGAAGGAGCCCAUCUGUCUUGGGAGGCACCCACCAACACAGCUGGUGAUAUCUUGGAGUACUCUGUCUACUUGGCAGUGCGGAGUGGUCUGUCUACAACUAGCUCCGACCAGAAGCCCCAGACACCAGCUCAGCUAGCUUUUGUCCGAGUCUACUGCGGUCCCAAGCCUUCCUGUGUAGUCAGUUCUACCAGCCUAACAACGGCUCACAUUGACUACAGCAGCAAGCCUGCCAUCAUCUUCCGUAUCGCUGCCAGGAAUGAGAAGGGCUAUGGACCUGCCACCCAGGUUAGAUGGCUCCAGGAUAGUCAGGCCUCAUCCAAACUCACAGCUGCCAAGCGUACUGCAGAAGGUCAACAGCCUCCACAAUCGGCAGCCAAAAAGGCAAAGUCUGAAGAUGGUAGUGACUCCAAAUCUGCUGUGUAAGGUCACAGCUAAAGCCAUCCUUGCUUCUGACAAACCAUGGACAGAAGAAUCUUCACCAUCCUGUAAGGGUUUGUAAACACUGGGCUGUUUACUACAACCAUCAGUCAUUUCCUCAUGCUGUAUUAUUGUUAUUAAUCUGAUGUUAUUCAACCUUUUUAAGGAGGAUUUUUAAUGUUUAAAAGAAGUUGACAAAUUCUGUACAGUUUUUGACUUUUUUCUUCUUCAUUUUGAUUUCAGAAGUAAGGAGAGGAGAUUACUGUUACUGUUCUGUUAUUUAUGAGUUGGAGUAGAGUGUAAUAGUCCAUUGUUGCUUGUGAAGGCUUGAUGAGUUUAACAUGGAUGUUUCAAGUACGAUAGGCAAAUUAAGAUUGGCUUCCACCAUUUGUACUUUGGGCACUUACAUGAUCUUCAUCUUAACAGUUUGAAGUAAACAUAUUGCAGAUAAUUUGAACAUCAGCUUGUCCUGUCAAAACAUCCAUCAUCAUCGUCAUAGAUCUGAAUCUUUGUGAGAAUAUUCCACAACUUCAGAUGUUUUUGAGAAGAAAAAUAAUUCAGAAAUCAUUUUGAGUACAGACAUUCAACUUUGACUUGUACCUAUGGAUUUACUCUGGACUGUUCACCUUAUGCAAAGUAUAAUUCAUCUAAUUGUUGCAUAUGGAUAAAGCACCAACUACAUGUACAUGUGAAAGACAUUGCUGUGUAAGUUGCUGUUGGUUGUGGUUUGGCUGUCAUAAUAGUGGACCUGACAGUGAUAUUAGAUGGAAUGACGGUUUUUGGAAUUAAGAAGGCUGUAUAUAUAAUAAAACAGGUUUAUUAGUGAGUGGUUCUCUGAUAGACAUGUGACUGGCUACAAGACUUCAUCACAAACAAUUGGAAAUUUCAUCUGUUCGAACUUUAAGAACAAGUAUUAAUAGUUUUUGAAAGUGAAUGGCUGGAAGGAAUCUUGAGUAAGCUGCAUAUCAUCUUCCUGACCUUUACCUUUUUUUACUGUUGACGUAAAGAAUUUUUUUGACUCGAGACCAAAGUUGCGCCUGUCUAUUGCCAGUAUAUUUUGUAAGUUGUCAGCUUGAAAUUAAAACAAAAGCAGGGUAAACACAGCAAUCACAUGCUUUUAUUGCAAGUUUUAAUUAACACAUUCAGAAAGGAAGACAAUAGAAAAGUGGUGCUGGCAACAGAAGCAAGUGCACAAAUUCAUAAAUAAUUUCCCCAUUGUGUUACCAAUAUGGAAAGACAGGUAUGAUGUUACCGUACCAUUACUUUCUCAUUCUAGGUGUUUCAUUGUUCUUAUAGUAAAAUCUAAAAUUAAUCUGCCAUUUUGUCGAAAAGUAGAGGGUUUUAUUCAAUUUUUUUUUUUUAAUAUAUUCAAAAUGAGGUUAUGGGGACUUAACUUUUAAUUCAGGCACCGUGCUGUUCGUUGGAUUUUAUGUGAGACAUUUAAUGGGAACCUGCAACAUGGCAGAUGAUACAUUGUAAUGAAUGGGUAUUUGCAUAUUGAAAUUUCCUGUCACAGAAAUGAAAUACUUUUUAUAAGAUGUCAGUGAAACAUGUAAUCCCUCAUGUGAAGCCGUCAGUCUCAAAUGUAAAUUUCCUUAUUCGUAUUGUGCAGUAAAAAAAAAGGAACUUGAAGUAACAAUGUCCAGUCUGCCACACUGUAUAGAAAAUCAAGACAGAUUGCAUGUGUGCCAAGUUGUUGAGGAAAACUCUCUAGAUUUCUAUCUUUGUAAGUUUUAGACAUGAAAAAAUAAAGAAUCAUAAGGAAAAUACUAAGGGUUGUAAGUCUUUUUGUAAAAAAAAGUAAACCAACAACAUUGUACAAUACCUUUUCCUGUAUUUUUGGUUGUGUUUUUGCAUGCUGAUAGGAUCUUUUUUGUGGUAUCUAACAUCAACUAUUGCUCUGUCAUAGUUAUCUCUGUUGUGGUCAUAAAAUGAUUUUUUUCUUUUUAAUGUAGCAUAGAUUUGGGGAGCUAGUAGUUAGCAUUUAUAAUUUACGAGCUACUGUGAGAUUUGUUGCAAAAUAAUUCAGUAUUGAGGUUACUGAAUGUCAUCAAAAAUAUAUGAGCAAAUUGUCAUUACAUGUAUGCCCCCCCACAGGCCAGUCAUUGUGUAUAUCAAGGACGUAUUUAUUUUUUUAUUUUUUUGUUUGCCUUGAAAUAAAACUGAAGUUAAUGUGAUGUGGUAAUAGUUACACUCCCCCAAAGCAUAAUUUGGUGUAGGCUAUUUUCCGUGUAACACACAAACUAUUAAAAGAUAAUAUAACAAAACACAAGGAUGUACAUGAUAACUGAGAGUACUUGAAAUUAGUUAUUGGAGCUUCCCAUAAAUGUUGGCGAAAAUUAUUUGUUUCAGAAAGUCAUAGUUUAAAAUGUGAUUUAUUUACCCCAUAGUGCAGUGUAGCCCCCCUCUUAAGCAAGAAUAGGAUUUAUUACAGAAAAUGAGAUUUAGUCUAUGUGUGUUUGUGAGUGGACAUAUGUAAAUAACUCCUGGUUCAUUUCUGAUAGCUUGUAGUUUCUUUCACAUUAAGUGGUUUUCUUUUUUGCCAUUUUGAGACAAAAGAACAGGAUUUUCUGGGGGGAGGGUUACAUUUAGAUGAUUUAGAUUUCUUGUACAAAUAUGGUCAGGAUGAACAAAUCAGUGUCACUUUUACAUGAAUAAUGAGAACUGCAUACUGUAAUUACCAGCUGGGAUUCAGGACAAGAUAUGAACCGAUAAUAUCAGAGUGGUGUUGCGCAACUUGGCUUGGAAAGUAAGUGUUUAUUACUAAGACUUAGAAGACAAACAAACAGGCUACAAGGCAGAAUAAAUUGGAAUACUUUUGCCAAAUUAUACUUUACUUCUUACCACCAUUUUCCUAAAAUGAAGGGUUGAAGGUUUUCUUUUGUAAGAAACAAACCAGUACUGGGUUACUUGUGGCAUGGAAUGAUAGCUCGUUUGAAUGUACAUGUACUUUGUUGAUAGAUGAACACAGUAAUUGAACUUGCAAAGUUAGAUUGAAAUGUCACUGGAAUGACAUACAUUUUCUUAGUACACAUCAGCAUUGACAGGAUUCAUUUGCCAAACUUAUCAUUACAGCAGUGUGUGCAGUUGGGCUCAGUAAAGUACAAUACCUGCCAUGUUGUUUGCAAAUGGUUCUCUGUUUUGCUUAACACAGAAUUUUGCUAUGCAGUAAGUUCAGCUUUUCUUUUCAAUACCCGUUCCACCAAAUUAGGCUUAUUUAUGUGACCCACAUUGGGUCCUAUUUAAUACUUCAAGAUAGCCUUGGCCAAGUUUUGUAGAGCCUCUAAGGUGAACACAUUGCCUAGAAAAUUUUCUUUGCCAAGCAAAAUAUCCGAGAACUAAUGACAGUGAACUUCAACUGGCUUGUAGUACUUGUGUUUGAGACAUCAACUUUGUGGCAGUGUAGAAUAGUGGAGUCAGUGGUGAUUUGAAAGGUGUAUGUAUGCCCUUUUCAUAGGUUUUGGUUGCAUUACUGAAAUUGGCUUCCACAUUCACAAAUUUAAUCUCUUUAGCGAAAGAAAUGAAACCCUGAUAUCUUAGGGCAAUGGUGACUAUUAAAUGUAAGUCUCAAGGGCAAAUGCAUCUGAGAAAGUAGGCUUAGUAUUCCUAAUUUCUGCUUUUGUGUGGGCUCAUCAGUGAAGACUAGCUGUGUUUUUAAAAAUAAUGGACUGCUAGUCACGUUACUUUAAAAACUCAAUCUUUAAAGUUGCAGAAACAAAUGUACUGAUGCUGCAAAAGGUAUCUGUUUGACUUCACUAUGACCAAGAAAGUUGCAGAGAAGUGUAAUGCUUUAUUUCAAGAACGUUUCUGUUAAAGAAUUGAAUGGAAAAAGAGUUUUUAAUGAGCGAUGGAAAAAUCCAGGUUUUCUGAAUGGGAAGCGUAACUGUAAAUUCAGUGUCUCCUAUGACCAUGCACAUUAUACAUUCUUCGUGAUGGUAGAAAAUUGAUAUUGUGUCAUCGUAAUAAAAACAAUGCUUUUUAAACUGUAAAGCA